UCGGUAUAAAACAGUGGGUCUUUGGACUCGUUUUCGGUUAAAAAUAAUGUUGUUUUGCUCCCAAAAAAUAAUUAUUUGGCAAUCUGAAUGAGUUAUAUAGCGGGUUUAUGUGUUUAAGUGAUUUAUUGUAAAGGGAUUUAAAUAAUUUUUGAAAAACUACCAUCGGGUCGUAUAAAAGUCAAAUAAAUUAGUUCGGUAAAUAAUUAAUUAAUUCGGAGAAGUGUCUGAGUUUGGAUAUUGUUAAAUUCAAGCAUGUAUUUUUAGAAAGCGCAUUCUGUAAAGCAUGUUGAUAAAAUCUGUUUAAAGGACAUUUUGGUCAACCCUCAGCUCAAAAGCAUCGAGCAGCUUCAUUAGAGGUGGUGAACUACCUUUUGAAAAAAGAAAUUCUUAAGAAUUCUAAGAAAUUAAGGGGGACACAAAUUUAUAUAAAUCACGAUCGCACCGAUCAGGAACAAGCCGAACAUAAACUUCUUUAUAGACACUUAAAAAUAGCGAAAGAAAACAACAAGGAUGCAUACAUUAGGAAUAAAGUGUUAUUCAUAAACGGACAAAGCAGGACCCCGGAAGACCUGAAAAGGGAAGAAGCUACGCAGCUAUCACGUCUUGCGUUUCAACGACCACCACCGUAUCCAACUCCUAAACGAAAAACUUCCUAAUCAUCCCCUAAAAAGAACCCUUAGAAGUCGAAGUGUAACAUGUCCUCUGCGAGGUUUAGAGAAGUCAGUUGGUGAUCUAUGCAUACAAGUGCUUAAUGCAGUGGAAGUUAAACUGAUUUAACCUCGCUGAUAGCGGUGUUGUAAAUUUCAUCGGCCUGAAGGCAUGUUAGAUAAAGAUAAGCUACCGUCAUCGAAUUCAAUGAACUAUGGCAUCAGGUUAUACACUCUAAGCCUUUCCAAACAGAUCACGAUGACAUAGUAACUGACCUUCCCAGUAAUGCCUACUCAAAAAUAAAACUUCAUCAUGGCAACCAGCAGAUCUUAUACUAUGUCAGACUACUACCACAACUUCUCCUGUGAACCAGAACACGGAAACUAUUCCACCAUCUUCGGUAACACCGAUACACCAGAAUGGGAGGCAGUGCUCAUCAUAGUCAUACUCGGAAUGCUCAUUUUGCUCACCGUCAUCGGUAACAUUUUAGUGAUUUUAAGUGUUUUCACUUAUAAACCGUUAAGAAUAGUGCAAAAUUUCUUCAUAGUGUCCCUAGCUGUUGCCGAUCUAACCGUAGCCAUACUAGUGCUACCCUUGAACGUUGUAUAUUCGGUGGUGGGAGAGUGGAUAUUCGGUAUUCACUUGUGUAAGAUGUGGUUAACGUCGGACGUGAUGUGUUGUACGGCCUCUAUUUUGAAUUUGUGCGCCAUUGCUCUGGAUAGGUUUUGGGCGAUCACCGAUCCGAUAAACUAUGCACAAAAAAGGACAUUUAAGCGGGUUUUAAUUAUGAUCGCUGCUGUGUGGUUAUUGAGUUUACUGAUCUCUUCACCGCCACUGAUUGGUUGGAACGAUUGGCCUGACACUGAUGUUUUUUUGGAGAAGAAGGAGUGUAAGCUGUCGUCAAGACAGGGUUACGUGAUCUACUCUUCUUCUGGAUCGUUCUACAUCCCCUUAAUAAUCAUGACAAUAGUCUACAUACAAAUAUUCAUAGCGACAAGAAGGCGUCUACGCGAACGAGCCAAAGCGUCAAAAAUCAACGCCAUCUCAAAAAAUCAAUCGAAACGAAAAUCUGAUAUGGAUCGAGAUAGCGUUAGCAGCAAUGAAACGAACCACAACGACCAUAAAAUCCAAGAGAAGAGCUGUAAGGAGAAAAAGAAGAAGAUUUGCGGGAAAAACGAAGAGGAUAAAAGACAAUUGAAGCCGAUUUUGGUACACGAGGACUCCAUAACAGAUAUAGGUGAAAAUUCAACAAAUUCCCAAAAAAACGACGAAGCCGCUACCAAAGACUCCAUGAACAAUACGAAGAACUCAAGCCCGCUUACCACCAUAACCGUGAUAAACUCAAAGAGCAAAAGUCCUGGUUCGAAAGUGGUGGUGAUCGAUCCACCCAAGAAAGUUGGUGGAGUUUAUCAGUUCAUCGAAGAACGACAACGGAUCAGUCUCUCGAAGGAACGAAGAGCUGCCCGGACUCUCGGGAUCAUUAUGGGAGUGUUUGUGGUAUGUUGGCUGCCCUUUUUUCUUAUGUACGUUAUCGUGCCGUUUUGUCCCACGUGCUGUCCUUCUAGGAGGUUAAUCAACUUUAUCACGUGGUUGGGUUAUAUUAAUUCAGUGUUAAAUCCUAUUAUUUAUACCAUUUUUAAUAUGGACUUUAGGAGAGCUUUUAGGAAGUUGCUUGGCAUUCCUGGCACAAGCUAAAAGAAUUUUUUUUCUGAAAUAGUUUCUAUCAUUAUUACAAAGUGAAACGAUCAUAUGUUUUUAGGUUACUAGAUGUUGAAGGAAAUCAUGGGUAUCUUAUUUAAAAAAUAACAGUAUUUUCAAAAAAUGCAUUUUUUCGAGCGUUAGACCUACUUUUCCAAUCCAAUUUUUCUUUCUAACUAGAGAAUUUAUGCUUGUCCUAAAUAUACUAGAUCUAUAAAAUCUUUAAUAUAUUUAAUUGUAUUUUUUGACUCCUUCCCUUUUUUUUUAAUAAAAAGUGGUAAUUAUUUAUUCUAAGGUUGUGUUUAUUUUAAUAUUUAUUCAUAUUUAAUUUCUAUUAUUUCAGCAGUUUUGCAAUAUAAAA